AUUGGUCAGCUGAUUGACUUCACAAAGCGCCUAACUUGUUUCCUACCCCCAAGCAAGGGGCUCACAAACUACUAAGCAGGAAAAGGGAAAAGAUUGCACGGUGGCUGUCGGCAUCAAUUCCUCUGGGAUGCAGAGGCGACGGGAGAUGAUUGACAUCCUCUCACAGGGCUAAAACAAACAUCAGCAUCAUCAUCAAAAUCAUGAGCUCCUCAUCGGGAAGCCUUCAAAACAAACGCCUUCCUUCGGAGACAGAACGAGUCCAGAGGAUUCCAGAUAUGGACACAGCCCAUCAGAUUAGAGUAAGAGAGAGGCAGCGUUUCUUCGAGGAAGUCUUCCAACACGACGUGGACGUCUACCUGUCCUCUGCGCAUCUUUCUAUUCGAGACUACACCAGACCGCCUAUUGGUAGCAUCUCAUCGAUGGAAGUGAACGUGGACAUGCUGGAACAGAUGGAGCUGAUUGACAUCUCUGACCAGGAGGCUUUGGAUGUCUUCUUGAGCUCCGGGAAAGAAGACAAUGUAUUAACCUCCACGAUGUCAGCUAAUGGAAAUAAUAACCCAGAGGGAGACAUCACUAACGGACUCCUCCGACAUGUCCUUGAGGGUUUGGACUCCAAAUCCCGUGUGUCCUCCACAUCUUCCAAUUCUUCUUCUGAUAGCCAGAUUCACAAUGCCAAUCCAGGUGACACGUGUAGCAACACCGCCAACAGAAUAGCAGCACCGUCAGAGAAAGAUGAGAAUGCCUGACUCCAAGUAGCAAACAUUAGACCACUACCUGCAGCCAUAAGAACUUUAACUCUACCCCACAAAUGUCACUCCCCUUAACUUUUCAUUGUUUGAGGCUAGUUUAUGGGUGCACUCCACGGUAGGAUUUAUGGACUGAGCACGGACUGGUUUUACCCAAAAUGUUUCAUUGAACUUACUAUGGUGAUAAAAUGUGACCCAUACUU